UGAAAAAAUGCGAGAGGAGGCACUGUCCGCGCGCCACAGAGGCGGGUCUGAGGUUCGGCGACACCGCCCGGAGUGCCCCGCGUCAGGCCCGGGAGACGGACCGCCGUGUCCGCGUCCCACCUCCUCUCUCGAUGCUCACGGCCCCGUUCCGGCCACGGACUGCUAUGGCCUCUGCGGCGGCGGCGCUGAGGGACCCGCCUCAGGAUAGUAUGACCUUUGAAGACAUUGCCGUGUACUUCUCGUGGGAGGAAUGGAGUCUCCUUGAUGAGGUUCAGAGGCACUUGUACCACGAUGUGAUGCUGGAAAACUUUACACUCAUAUCCUCACUGGGUUGCUGCUGUGGAGCAGAGGAUGCAGAAGCACCCUUUGAACGAAGCAUUUCUAUAAGCGUGUCACAGGCCAGGACUCCUAAGGCACCUUCGUUUUCCCAGAAGAACCACUCUGGUGAGAUGUGUAGUCUGGUCUUGAGAAGUAUUUUUCACUUAGCUGAACAUGAAGAAACACAACACAGCCAGAAAGUGUUCGGGUGUAGAAUAUGUAUGAAACAAUUUCAUUUUAGUGCAAACCUCCAAAAACACCAGAAGCAGCACAUGGAAGAGAAAUCCUUCAGAAACGCUGUAGUCAGGGCCUUGUUUGUGAAGAGCUGCAAAUGCCAUGUGUCAAGGAAGCCCUUUACCUGUGAGGAAGUUGGGAAAGACUUUCUGGCCACCUUGGGACAUCUCCAGCCACAGACCACUCACACCAGGGAGAAGCCAAAUGAGAUUGCCCAGCGUGAGGCAACUUUACAAAGCAGAGGAAGUCAUUACAGCCGGGGAGAAUGCAAGAAAACCUUCAGCCCGAAACAUACACUUGUUCAGGACCAGGGUGUCUACCCUGGAAGACAUUGUUUUGUGUGCAGUGAAUGUGGGAAGACAUUCAGGUACAAAUCCUCAUUUGUUGUUCACCAGAGAGUGCAUACUGGGGAAAGGCUUCAUGUGUGUGGUGAGUCUGGCAAAUCUUUCAGACGAACCUCAACCCUCAAUCUGCAUCAAAGAAUUCAUACUGGGACAAGGCAGUACAAGUGCAACAGAUGUGGGAAAUCCUUUAACCAAAACUUUGUCCUUAUUUAUCCCUGGAGAAGUCACAUUGGAGAAAAUUGUUACUUGUGCAGUGAAUGUGCACAGUCUUUGAGCCGCAGAUCCAUCAUAGUUCGAGAAUGGACAGUUCACCCAGGAGAAAGGUGUUAUGAGUGUACUCAAUGUGGGAUAUCUUUUAGACGAAACUUUUACCUCAUUGUACACUGGAGGGUUCACACAGGAGAAAGGCCUUAUGAUUGGAGGACUUUUCUACAGUUGGGAAUUUGUAUUGUCUGUGUUAGCAUUCUCCGUGAAAACAGAAGCAGUAGGAUAUAUAGAUAGAGUUCCAUAUCUGCGAGUUCUGCAUCCCAGGAUUCAGCAAACCCCAGAUGCAGAACCCCGACAUCCAGAGGGCCAACUGU